AAUGCUGUCUGCCGCAUAGCAAACGCCUUUUUGAAUAGUUUUGGCUGAGAUGUGAGCCCUCAAUCAUGGGUAUCUUCAGCAAAGGCAAGUCCAAGCAGAGCAAGUUCGAUUUCUACAUCCAUGUUCACACACUUUCGCCCUGGCCAGCACAAUAUAGCAAGCUCGUAUUGGAAUGGCAGCGAGGAGGCAGCAGGAAGGGAUGGACGAAGCCAGUCGGACCCACUGUGGGCCAGCCAGGCAGGAUGUGGGCAACCUACGAUAUCGAGCAAGACUUCGCUGUGCCUUGCACUCUUUACCAGGAGGGCAAGCCUCGGCCAGGGCAGCUGGGCCCUUUCGACAAGAAGUGGUUGAUGCUGGCGGUGCAGGAUCUGGCAGCUUCCAAGGCUGCUGCCGGGAAAGAGCCGCUCGGCCGCGUAGUCAUCAACCUGGCCGACUUUGCCUGCGAGGACGGCCGCGCAACUCAGGCCUUCACUGUCGCCUGCUCCAGAUCCAUCUCUGCGGCUGUAGGAGAGGCCAAACUGCUGGUCACAAUCGGGUGCGUGGUCGCUGACAAGGGCAAGCGCGGCGGCGGCAAGGAUCUGCUGAGCACAAUGAGCAGCCAGCAGUCCAGCGGGUUUGAGACGGCCGGUGCCGAGACAGAUGAAGACUCGGGGAGCUACCUGCACUCGGGCCGCAGCACGCCGCGGUCGUCCGUGAUGAUGUCAUCGGCCUACGGCACCUCGGCCCGUAGCGCGGCCGAGCCGGCUGCGGCCAGCGCGCGCAUCGGCGGAGGGCAUGCGCGGCAGACGAGCGAGCAGUAUGACGAGGACGGCUUCCUGCUGGAUUCCGCGCAGCCCUCGCGUCGGGUCAGCGAGGCCGGGGCCGCCAGCUCAUCAGCGCAGCCGUCACAGACCGUGCAGCGCGAGGGCCGCGCAGCAGACAGCGGGUCAGACAGUGACUCAGAGGACGAUCUCCUGAGCCGGGUGCGCAUGCAUGCUUUUGUGUGCUCAUCCGAAUUUUUCUCCCACAUAACGCACCACUUCGUGGUCAAAUCUGUGGUAAACGUAAUCUCAGGAUUUGGGCUUUGUUUUCCUAGUUCCUUGGACUGUACAACAUGCAUUAAUGACAUGUUCUGCCAUUGAUAAGUGUAAUGAUAAUAAUCCU